CGGCCCUGCGGGUGUACGCGGUGGGAGCGGCGGUGGUCGUGGCGCAGCUGCUGCGCCGCCGCCUCCAGGGCUUCGCGGAGCCAGGUCGUCCCGAAUGAGCGGAGGCCCGGCCGGGGUGGCGCAAUGGAGGGCAAGAGCCUGGAGGGCGCACAGACCGAUCUCAAGCUGGUGGCGCAUCCGCGCGCCAAGAGCAAAGUGUGGCGCUACUUCGGCUUCGACACGAACGCCGAGGGCUGCAUCCUGCAGUGGAAGAAGAUCUACUGCCGCAUCUGCAUGGCCCAGAUCGCCUAUUCGGGCAACACCUCCAACCUGUCCUACCACCUGGAGAAGAACCACCCCGAUGAGUUCUGUGAGUUUGUGAAGAGCAACACGGAGCAGAUGCGCGAGGCCUUCGCCAGCGCCUUCUCCAAGCUCAAGCCCGAGGCCGCGCAGCAGGGCGCGCAGGAGCCGCUGGCCGCCAAGGCGGCGGCGCACGGCCACGAGGGCCGCAGGCAGCAGGAGCUGACGGCCGCCGUCAUGGGCCUCAUCUGCGAGGGGCUCUAUCCCGCGUCCAUCGUGGACGAGCCCACGUUCAAGGUGCUGCUGAAGACGGCCGAGCCGCGCUACGAGCUGCCCAGCCGCAAGUUCUUCUGCGGCAAGGCCAUCCCCGAGCGCUACGGCGCCGUGCGCGACGCGGUACUCAAGGAGCUGGCGGAGGCCGCGUGGUGCGGCGUCUCCACCGACCUGUGGCGCAGCGAGAGCCAGAAUCGGACCUACGUGACGCUGGCCGCGCACUUCCUUGGCCGCGCUGCCCCCCACGGCCUCUUCCUGGGCUCCCGCUGCCUCAAGACCUUCGAGGUGCCGGAGGACAACGCGGCCGAGACCAUCACGCGCGUCCUGUACGAAGCCUUCAUCGAGUGGGGCGUCAGCUCCAAGGUCUUCAGCGCCACCACGGACCGUGGCAAGGACAUCGCCAAGGCCUGCUCGCUGCUGGACAUUGCGGUGCAGAUGCCCUGCCUGGGCCACACGUUCGACGCGGGCAUCCAGCAGGCCUUCCGGCUGCCCAAGCUGGGCGCGCUGCUGGGCCGCUGCCGCAAGCUGGUGGAGUACUUCCAGCAGUCUACCGUGGCCAUGUACAUGCUGUACGAGAAGCAAAAGCAGCAGAACGCCGCCCCCUGCAUGCUGGUCAGCAACCGCGUGGCCUGGUGGGGCAGCACCCUGGCCAUGCUCCAGCGCCUCAAGGAGCAGCAGUUUGCCAUCGCGGGCGUCCUGCUGGAGGACAGCAAUAACCACCACCUCAUGCUCGAGGCCGCCGAGUGGGCCACCAUCGAGGGCCUGGUGGACCUGCUGCAGCCCUUCAGGCAGGUGGCCGAGAUGCUGUCCGCCUCCAGGCACCCCACCAUCAGCAUGGUGAAGCCCCUCCUGCACAUGCUGCUCAACACCACGCUCAACAUCAAGGAGACGGACUCCAAGGAGAUCAGCAUGGCCAAGGAGGUGAUCGCCAAGGAGCUCUCCAGGACCUACCAGGAGGCGCCCGAGAUCGACAUGUUCCUCAACGUGGCCACCUUCCUGGACCCGCGCUACAAGAGGCUGCCCUUCCUGUCGGCCUUCGAGAGGCAGCAGGUGGAGAACAGGGUGGUGGAGGAGGCCAAGGGGCUGCUGGACAAGGUCAAGGACGGCGCCUACCGCGCCCCCGAGGACCCGGCGUACGCCGCGCCCGAGGAGCCGCCCGUGAAGAAGCCGGCGCCCUCCGCCACGCCGCCGCCCGCCAGCGUCAUCAACGACAUGCUGGCCGAGAUCUUCUGCCCCGCGGCGGGCGUGGAGGACCAGGAGGAGUGGCACGCGCAGGUCGUCGAGGAGCUGAGCAACUUCAAGUCUCAGAAGGUGCUGGGUCUCCACGAGGACCCGCUCCGGUGGUGGUCGGACCGCCUGGCGCUCUUCCCGCUGCUGCCCCGGGUGCUGCAGAAGUACUGGUCCGUGGCGGCCACGCGCGUCUGCCCCGAGCGCCUCUUCGGCUCCUCGGCCAACGUCGUCAGCGCCAAGCGGAACCGCCUGGCCCCCGCGCACGUGGACGAGCAGGUCUUCCUGUACGAGAACGCGCGCGGCGCCGAGGCGGAGCUGGAGGACGAGGAUGAGGGCGAGUGGGGCCUGGACCACGAGCAGGCGUUCCCCCUGGGCGACGCCGUGCACGCCGGCUACUUCGGCAUCAGGGACGGCGGCUUCGUGUAGCGGGGCGGGGGCGGGUGACCGCGCGCGGGCGCCUCGUCGGAUGCUUGGCUGUCAGUACUGACCCCGCAGUGGGGCGCGCUGCCCGGGACAGAGGAAAUGCGCGGAAGACAGAGAUGGACCUUUGAUGGGGCUUCGGACGGCCCAGAGGACGGAGGUGGGGCCUCGGGCGGCCCAGAGGACGGAGGUGGGGCUUCGGGCGGCCCAGAGGACGGAGAUGGGCUUUGGUUGCCCCAAAGGAGAGAGAUGGGCUUUGGUUGCCCCAAAGGAGAGAGAUGGGCUUUGGGUGGCCCAAAGGACAGAGAUGGGCUAUGGUUGCCCCAGAGGAGAGAGAUGGGCUUUGGGUGGCCCAAAGGACAGAGAUGGGCUAUGGUUGCCCCAGAGGAGAGAGAUGGGCUUUGGGUGGCCCAAAGGACAGGUGGGGGGCUUUGGGUGGCUCAGAGGACAGAGAUGGGCUUUGGUUGCCCCAAAGGAGAGAGAUGGGCUUUGGGUGGGUCAGAGGACAGAGAUGGGCUUUGGGUGGCCCAAAGGACAGAGAUGGGGCUUCGGGCGGCCCAGAAGACAGAGAUGGGCUAUGGUUGCCCCAGAGGAGAGAGAUGGGCUUUGGGUGGCCCAAAGGACAGGUGGGGGGCUUUGGGUGGCUCAGAGGACAGAGAUGGGCUUUGGGUGGCCCAAAGCUGGUGAAAACGAGUGUUUUCUCUGCAGGGGCCCCUUGCGUCCCAACGCAAGGGAAAGAAAUGACUUACAAAAGCUCUAGAGGUCCGCUGAUAGGAUUGCAAAUGCUAAACUCCGCGACAGAAGCACGGCCGGCAGGGAUGUUUUGCCCCCUAGAUAAUUCCAUACCUGCAGCAUUCGUGUUCUCUGCGAGGGACGCUUUGGGGUAAAUCGGAGAAAGAUUGAAAACGACGGGCGGCUGAGGAUGAAACCCCCUGCGUGUCCUCCGCUGACACCAUCCGUGGAUGUUAGCCGUUGGUCGGUGAAGGAACCCGUUUACGCUGUCAUUUACGUGGGAACCUUGCCUCUGGGUAGCCGGGGAGAGACGCUUUCGCCAUAUGCCCUGUUUUCAAGAGACACCAGUUUUAUGUUUGGUGGAAGAUGUUAAUAGUGGGCUUGCAAUGCAACCGCUUAUAAA